UCUAGGAACUCGCAGUUCAGCAGUGAGAUACAACAUCCGCACGCUCUUUCUCUUCUCAAAAACUUUAAUCAUCAAGAUAUCUGAAGAAAAUAGGAGGGUUUGGAUAUUCAUCCAGAUUAGAUAUAGUUACAGAACAGAUUGUUGAGAAAAAUGGAUGACUAUCUGAAGAUAGAGAAAAUUGGUGAAGGUACAUAUGGUGUGGUAUAUAAGGGCAGGAAUAAAACCACUGGACAGGUGGUGGCUAUGAAGAAGAUCCGACUGGAGAGUGAGGAGGAGGGUGUGCCCAGCACUGCUGUCAGAGAAAUCUCCCUCCUCAAGGAGCUUCAGCACCCAAACGUUGUACGCCUGCUGGAUGUGCUGAUGCAGGAGUCAAAGUUAUAUUUGGUGUUUGAGUUUCUGUCCAUGGAUCUGAAGAAGUAUUUGGACUCCAUCCCAUCUGGCCAGUUCAUGGAGCCCAUGCUGGUCAAGAGUUACCUGUAUCAGAUCCUCGAGGGGAUUCUGUUCUGCCACUGUCGCAGAGUUCUGCAUCGUGACCUGAAGCCCCAAAACCUGCUGAUUGAUAAUAAAGGUGUGAUCAAGCUUGCAGACUUCGGGCUCGCACGUGCCUUUGGAGUCCCGGUCAGAGUAUAUACACAUGAGGUGGUCACUCUGUGGUACCGAGCUCCUGAAGUCUUGCUGGGGGCCUCACGUUAUUCCACACCUGUAGACGUCUGGAGUAUUGGUACCAUCUUUGCCGAACUUGCCACCAAGAAACCACUCUUCCAUGGAGACUCAGAAAUAGACCAGCUUUUCAGGAUCUUCCGGACUCUGGGAACCCCUAACAAUGAGGUCUGGCCGGAUGUUGAGUCACUACCAGAUUAUAAGAAUACCUUCCCAAAGUGGAAAUCUGGGAAUCUGGCUAACACAGUGAAAAAUCUAGACAAGAAUGGCAUCGACCUGCUCAUGAAAAUGCUGAUUUAUGACCCUCCGAAGAGGAUUUCAGCACGGCAAGCAAUGACACACCCGUAUUUUGACGAUUUGGAUAAGAGCAGUCUUCCAGCCAGUAACCUCAAGAUAUAGACACACCUCAGAUCCCUGUCUGCACACAUCCAUACUAAAGCAAUGUGAGCUUAGGGGUCAUAAUAAACUGACUCUAGACUUCUGGGAGUCCAGAUUUACUCCUCCAACCUGCAGUAAUGCAAUCUCUGUGUCUUUUGACAUGCAAUAAUUAACCUUAGGUUUGUUUAUUGGGUGGUUUUUCUACUUUUGUUUGUCUGUUUUUGUAUGUCUUUUUCCUAUCCUGUUUUAUAUGUUACAUAAAACACCCGUUUGUAAAUAAAAUAUAUUUUUUGUGGACCUAUAAUGAUAUUACAAGAAUAAACUAAGUUGUUCUCAAUAAAGAGCACUUGUAGGAUCCCA